UACGCAGGUUAUCUGAACAUGAACAGAGGGGCUGUGAUUUUGAUUCACCCAUUGAGCAGGAACCCUUUUUAAAAUCUCCACAUCAUGAUGGGCCAGUACCAGAGGGCCUUUUGGAAAAUAUCAGUCAGUUCAAGCAGUUGAUAGCCGAUGGUGUCACUCUAAAAACAUCAAGUAAAGAUGACUGCAUUGUCAUUGACGGGAACGUUGUUUCUGUGCAAAACAUAGUUAGUCAUGAAGACAAAGUGUAUGCCAUGUACCAGGAGUAUAGAGUCAAAGAAGCACUUUACAGUUACCCACUCGACUCAAGGGAACUGGGAAUAUACAUCGUCUCUCAUUUGUCUCCUGUGAUGCACUGUGUAGAGAUGGUUAAGCCUGUGCAAAAGUGUGUGCGGUUGCCCUUGGGAGACAAGUUUGCAGUGUUCCCUCUUCCUCACACAAAUUAAUCUGAAGCACUUGUCUAGUCUUUGUACAAAGUGUAUUAUAGUUGAUCGUUGUAGCAUCCUUUUAUUUAUAAUAUCUUUAGAGUUUUACUGGCUAAUCAGUUUACUUUUUUAUCAGGAGAUGUUUCUCAUUGUUAUUUUUGAAUCUACUAAUGAAGUGGAAGUAGUCCCUGACAUUUGGGUGAAAAAUAACACCUGUUUGUGGCCACCGUACAAACGUGAAGAAACUGUAAAAGCAGUGAAAUCACAGGAACCACCUGGAGCACGUUGGAUUCCCUACAAAUUACAUAUGAAGAAGCAAGACUCAAACUGCCAGAGGCUGAACGAUUCACAGAUUUGACAGAUUCAGAAGACUCUCCACUCAAACGUAGACGGAGAAGAAUGAAGAAGAAUGUAGUCCUUGAAGAGGAAGACAGUGAAAGUGAGAGGCAGCAAGCAUCCACACUACCCAGCCCUCCCAAAAUGGCUUCUGCAAAGAAGCGGCCUUAUUCACUCUCCCUGCUUUCACAGUCGUCUCCUACAGCCGUCAACGUAGGAUGCUCAGGCAAUGAAAGGACUGCUGUCAGUGAAUUGUGCUCCGAAAGAAGGUGCAACAUAACACCUACCCCACUGUCAAGAAUUAGAGAGGAUGUUGAUUCUCUCAGUGGAGGAAACAUCACACCAUCCCAGGUCAGAACUGACCAUUCCGGCAUAUUGAUUAAUAGAAGAACCACAGCUACACCAACUCAUGACCAAAAUGCAGACUUCAGUGAAUCUGUGAUACGAACCAUCCUGACCAAUCAAGAAGUCAUCAAAGAUCAGAUGGGCAUUUUGGUGAAGCUAGUUCAUCAGUUAAAGGGGACUGCAGAAGAGAGCCCAUCUCUACCACCGGAAACCCUUCCGGUUGCAACCCUUCAAGAGCUUCUGGUUUUGGAGGGAAAGCUGCUUGAUCAAGAAUUCAAGAAAACUCUGACGAUUACCUUGGCACAAAGAGGAGGUACAGCCGUUAAGGACACUGUUUGGAGAAUGAUGGGAUACCUCUUGACCAAUGAACUUGCCAGACAGAUGAAUUGGAAAGGAGCCAAUGGCAAGGCAGCCUUCAAGAACCUUAUUCUAAGAGGGAUAAUCAAUGAGGCUGUACGAAGAAACCGACUUACAGCAACAACAACAGAUCAAGAAACUGAACUGUGGAUUAAAAGGUGGCUCCAUCUUGCUGGAGACAGAGAUGGAGGACGCCGUGCCAGGCAGCGAACUGAUAACUGAUGUAACCGAGACAGUCUACUUGUUGAGAACAAUGCUAUAGUUCAGCAUACUUUCAGCUACAUUAAUUGUUGUGACAAAUUUAAAGUUUAAUUUGUUUUGUUAACUUUGUUCAAUGUGGCUUAGUUUUAUUCUGUUUUCAGCCAUUAUAAUGGGUGUUUUUUGCAUUGGAGCAACCAUCAAAAAAUAUAUUUAACGCUAGGCAGAGGUGCUGUCAUUUCGUGAACACAAGUUGAUUGUGACAGAGGACAUUAGACACUAUUUUUUCCCAAAACUUACAAGGGGGAAUGCAAACGUUGUUCCACAGGAGCUCACGGACUGCAGAUGUGCCC